AAAUAAAAUAAAAGUCCACACUGAUCCGAGACCAGCUUUAAAAUAAAAAUACGGAUAUUAAAUAUUUUAGACGUUAAUCCACGUGAACACACGUGUAGACGAUAUAUAUGUAUAUUUGUUAGGGGUGUAACGGUACACAAAAUCCACGGUUAGGUUUUGAAAGGCUUUCCUCAGUUUUUGACGGCAUGUCUGGAGAGCGUCUGUACCGCUGUGAGGACCCGGCUGUGUGGAGAGGGGUCUACGCGAAAUACUGGGAUGUGGUGGAGGCGAAGGCUGCUGGGAAGCAGAAGAGUUCAGGCAGACUGCUGGAGUUAGAGAAAUGGUAUCAGGAGGCGCUUCCGGCGGCCAUUUUAGCUCGGACAGAGCGUUCUUUGACGCACUCUGAACUGGUGAAACUCAUGGAGUGGAAAACAACCAGAGGGAAGUUCCGUCCCCGCCUCAAGCAGCUGAUUGGCUCCAACGAUGACGAGGCGGUGCUUCGCUGCACUAAGAAAGCGUUCGCUCUGCUUCCUUGUGUCCCGUCGGCGAUCGCAGAACUGAGCACGCUCAAAGGCCUCGGGCCUGCGACAGCGUCAGCGGUAUUAGCAGCGGGAGCUCCCGGAGAAGCCGCUUUCAUGGCCGACGAGGUCGUAGAGAGCAUCGCCGAGCUGAGACCAGUGCGGUACACGGCUAAGCACUACUCUCUCUUUUUGGAGAAAAUCCUGCGCAAAACACACCGACUCAACGAAGCGGACACCCAACAGGACUGGACCCCUCAUAAGGUUGAGCUGUGUUUAUGGGCAUGUGCUGUGGCCAAUCAGAUUCAGCCCUCGCUGCUGGAGGCGUUUCCUCUGAGUUACAACACUGAGACCCAAGAGGAAGAGACCGGAGGGGGGCCAUCUAAGAGACGCAAGACGAAAUAGCGUACAGCGGAUUUGAAUUUGUUCAACUGCUUUUUUCAAAAAAUCUAUAAAAACUAGCCUUUCUAUCAUGAGUAAUAAAAUCUCUGUCAAAGCGU